AUGGAUUCUAGGGUCCUGAUUGAACCGGGGGUCCCCACACCGGACUCCACCGCCCGGGCGCCCUGGAACAUCAGCUCCAUCAGCCCGCACCGGCUUAUGGAGCUUUCCCCUGUCCCGACAGCUGGAUCACUGGUUCCAAGCCACCCAUUUCCAACAGUAGACGUCCCUGACCACGCUCACUACACCAUCGGUGUUGUCAUCUUGGUUGUGGGCAUCACAGGCAUGCUGGGAAACUUCCUGGUCGUAUAUGCUUUCUGCAGGAGCCGGAGCUUGAGGACACCAUCCAACAUAUUUAUCAUUAACUUGGCAGUCACAGACUUCCUCAUGUGUCUCACUCAGACACCCAUCUUCUUCAUCACCAGCAUGCACAAGCGAUGGAUCUUUGGAAAGAAAGGUUGUGAGUUGUAUGCCUUCUGUGGAGCACUGUUUGGUAUCUGCAGUAUGAUGACACUGAUGGUGAUUGCGGUGGACCGGUAUGUGGUGAUCACCAGGCCUCUGGCCUCCCUGGGGGUGAUGUCUCGCAGGAAAGCCCUGAGCAUCCUGGCUGCUGCCUGGGUCUACUCCGUAGGCUGGAGCCUGCCCCCCUUCUUCGGCUGGAGUGCAUAUGUCCCAGAGGGUCUGAUGACGUCUUGUUCCUGGGACUACAUGACGUUUACCCCGUCUGUCCGCUCCUACACCAUGCUGCUCUUUACCUUCGUCUUCUUCAUCCCUCUCUUCAUCAUCAUCUUCAGCUACUGCCGCAUCUUCAGAGCUAUCAGACACACGACGCGAGCGAUAGCAAAGAUCAACAGUCAGGGAACCAGAGACUCUGCAAAGAGGUUUCAUAAGAUGAAGAGUGAAUGGAAGAUGGCCAAGAUUGCACUCAUCGUCAUUCUGCUAUUUGUCAUCUCCUGGGCCCCUUACUCCUGCACGGCCCUCACCGCAUUCGCUGGAUACGCAGACUUGUUGACUCCGUAUAUGAACUCUGUUCCUGCUGUGAUCGCCAAAGCAUCUGCAAUCCACAACCCCAUCAUAUAUGCCAUAACACACCCCAAAUACAGGUCAGCAAUCAGCAGGUAUAUUCCCUACCUCGGGGUAUUGCUGUGUGUUACUGGCCGAGACCGUUUCAGCAGCAGCAGUUUCCAGUCCACCCGCCGAUCAACCCUCACCAGCCAAUCAGAGUCCAAAGGCCCCAGCAAGCCCCGCAACUCCUCCCUGUCUGAUAGCGAAUCAGCCCACUUCUCAGACACGGAGGAGGACUGCUCGUCUCGGGCACCCGUCAUUCGUCAGUUGUCUGGCGAUGUGAAACAGGUGCGCCAUGCCAGCCAGAGGUCAAAGGUGAGAGGUCACAACACGGGAGAGUUUGAGAGAACCGCUGCACACAACCCCACUGACCCGGCCAUAUGUCACCUCUCACAGAUCACAACUGUGACAGAGCCUGAAGACAUCUCCAUGUCGGACAUCAGUCUGCAGCCAACCAGUCAUCUGCCAGCUACUCUGGAUAACGAGAUGGAGGAGUCUGGGCCAAGGACUGCGUGUAAGACAUCACCCGUCGUUGUAACCUCCAUUUCCAGCCCGUCUAUACUGCAUAGUCCCCCAGGUUUCCAUGGCAGCCUCAAAUUGACCAAAACAUACAGCCCAGUUGCCAAGGAGUCCCUUGACAUAGCCAGGCUGGAGACAACAGCAUUACCCUAAACAGCUGGACAGAAGUGCAACAGCAGUGUGUAACCGUGUGUCUGUGUUUCAGUAUUUCCCUCCCUGGGACUUUUCUGUGCCAGCAUGUUGUUUGCUAGUUAUGCUAAGUCAAGACCAGAGCAUGCCCUUUAUUCAUUUGUCUUUGCAUACAGAGUGUAUGUGAGUGUGAAUGGCUAGUAAAUUUAAAUACCUGUGUACGUAUUUGCACACACACGUUUUAGUUUUUCUGACAUAUCAUAGUGGUUGAAGAUGGUUUACCUCGAAGCCGGAGGCAACAAAUCAGCCUUAAAAACAUAAUGUGAAAGUUGAAUCAUGAGGGUUGGGUAUCGAUUAGAGUUUUAUUGAUUGUUUUUUCAGAUUGUCGUCAUAACAUUUGAGUAUGGGACACCAAAAUACGUUUUGUCAUACAUGGCACGUCUGAUUCUUUUUGAGUUUAAAAAUAGGUAAAAUUGAAGUCGUGUUUAUUUUGCCAUACAUUCAUGGGAUGUUUUAAAGGAGCAGUGUGUAAGAUUUAGGGAGAUUUAGCAGCAUCUAGUGGUGAGCAUUGCAGAUGGCAACCAACUGAAACUUCUCCAUGUUAGAAUUCCUCAAGUGUUCAUUGUUCCGAAUUAUCCGCAGAGGUCUCUCCCUCUCCAAAACAAACAGACUAAGUGAUUUAAACUGGUAAAAACACUGAGUUAAGCAGUUUCAUGUUAAAAGAUCUACAUUUUUCCAGUGCUGUUUGGUCAGAGAUGGCUUGUUAGCCUAUACCUGGUAAUCUGUGCUCACCUUUUUCUCUGGUAUCUUAAGAUCCAAACGUUCAGAAGGUUCUUAGUGAGAACCGAAUCAUCCACAGCGGUCUCUUUCCCUCCCAAACAAACGACGAGCAGAGAUUUCCUCUGAGCCACCUGAACAACAGCACGCACUGGCAGAAGUGCAGUAGGUCCAUACUUUGUCCAUUCUCUCUAAAAGCAUGUUUUUUUUAAUCAAUUUCUUAGUCUUGAUGUGAAAUCAGUACCAACUCAAAAGCAAUUCUCGAUACCCAAUCCAAAGUCUUUCUACUGUUUGAUUUUUCUACUUUAUUUGAGCAUGUCAGAAUAAACUAUGAAUACUGAUAUUAAAGAUGCAUUAAGCAGUAUUUUCUAUGUUAGGAAAGAAUCAAUUGACUACUGGGCAGUGUUGGGCAGUAAC